GGGAGCGCUGCACAGCGGACCUCGAACGUCUUCAUCUUCGGUCCGCAUCAGUUGACAACGUAUUUCGACAGAGAUACUUGCAAAAAGAAAAAUCGGAAAAAUGUCAGAAGGAAGAUACGUGCGCCGAUAUCAUAAUGGCGAAGAUAGUGAAGAAGAAGAUUACGAAACGUCUGAACGGUCGGAGGUAGGACGGUUCGUUCGCGCUCCUGUGUCGGGCGAAUCCGAUGCCGAGUGCGGAGACCAGAAUGAAGUGGACCUUACAUACAACCAAUUGCGAAUUGAAAUCGACCCGAGGCAUGAGAAUAGCAUCCUUAAAAAACAAGUCGCCGAUAUGCAGAAGGUAAUCGCAGAUCUAUCAGCGGAAGUUAAGGGAUCUAGACAACUUGACGUAGGUAGCAACGAUGCCGAGGAAAGCUGGAAUUACUUUCGAAAUGCGACGUUGUCACAAGGUGUUGGAAACAUUUCUUCCAUCCGGUGGGAACAAAUAAAACCAUUCCCCAAGAACGUCGCCGCCAAUAAGAUGUGGGAGGAAUGGACCAAAUACAUUGAAAAUUUCGAAAUUGCUGCAUCCCUCUCUAAUGCCACUAACCCCGUUCGUCGCUCUCAAUUACUAUUUCUUUCAAUGGGCGAAGAAUUGCAAGGAAUCGUUCGUGCAGCCAAGCUGAGGCCGAACUUGAAUAAUCAAAACUGCUACAUGGAUUUCAUCAAAAACAUCGAAGAGCACCUACGUUCGAUGACCGAUACUGCAGCGGAGCACGAAGCUUUCUCCUCUAUGCAGCAGGGAAAAGGCGAGGCGGUGGUCAAUUUUCAUGCCCGACUCAUGGAAAAAGUGAGGCUGUGUCGUUACAGUCCUUGCGAUCAGGAGCGCUUUGUACGAGCACAGUUACUCAAAGGCAUGGCAAACCGCGAAUUGGCAAGAACAGCAAGAACGUUCGGCCAUGCGACAAACUUUAUUGUGCAAUCUGCAACGCGAGAUGAGGCCUAUCAGUUGGAAACUGGACAAGCAAGGUAUACACAUGAUGAAACAGUCAACCAUGUACGUGGGAGUUCGCGAGACACUCCGUUCAAGCGCAGAGCCAGAAGCGGUUUUCAUGGCGAGGGUCCACGGAGGAAACAGGCUCGGUUCGAUAAGCAUCAUAGUAGCCGGCGGGAACUAUGCUCGAGGUGCAAUCGAUGGGCACACCGAAAUCAGCCCUGCCCAGCGUUGAAGUUAAAGUGCAACAAGUGCGGCAAGUUUGGCCACUUUGCAGCAGUCUGCAGAGAUAAUCGGGUACGUGCGAUUGAAGCUGGCAGUCCCAUGCGUAACAUACAAACUGAAGCGAAAGAAGAGGUAAAUUAACCUAUUAAAGUUUUGUUGUUCAACUGAAAUAAAUCUUGCGUUAAAUAUAUGAUUUU